GCCUCUGCCCGCUUCAUCUGUGGGACACUGUAGGGUCGUGGCUUGGAGGCGGCCUCCCUGUGGGAGGGGAGCAUUGUGCCAGGCCGGGCCGUUGUGUUGAUGAUGGUCUGACUGGCUGAGGUCUGCCCCACGGCCCACCGCCUCCCUUCUCGGCAGACCUCCCUCAGGCCGGCCUACAACCUGGGAAGACUGUGGGCCACAGAAGGAGGGAAAGCAGACGUCAGGGCCAAGGAAGCUGCCCGGUCCACGGGUCAUCCAGCCUACAGAAAUGUGCCAAAAAGCCGAAAGGGGUCACUCCUCACCUUGGCCCACAGCCGAACCUCUUCGAAAUCCCAGCCUGCUGGUUCCUCAGAGUUUCCUUUGGAAGUGUGGUCCAUGCAUGUCAGCAGAAUCCCAGCUCAUUUUUGAGAUGAACUCUGAUACCAGUCACCCCGGAGGAGUGCUUCCAGGCAGACUCCUGCAGGUGGGUCCAGGUAGUGCAAGGAGGGGCUGCAGCGGGUACUGGGGGAACCUGGGUCCCUUUGGGACGUCCAUGGUCUGAGCCUUUCCCUGAAUGCAGGUGGGUUCUCCUGCCAGCCCAAGCAUCCAGACCCUGCAGCGUCAGCCCUCAAGUUUCAGCCUCCCCCUGCUCCCCGCCCCAUCUAAAGCAGAAGCAGUGGGGAGGCCACUGCCUUUGGUGGGGGUGCCCCCUCCUACCUGGCUCUGAACCCUGGGGCCCGCAGAGGUCUCUUGGGUAUGGGCAGUGGUUCCCGGUCUCAAGGCCCACGGAGGGCCUUGCCUCACUGACCGAGGCCUCUGCCUCCUUCCCCUCAGCAGAAGACACCCAGCCCAUCUCUGACCUGCGUGGAGCCCCUCAUCCUGGAGCCCUUGGACCACUGAGGGAGGUCGCCUGGGCUGAUGGGAAGGGUGGGUUCUGGACACGGUUAAAGAGCUGGCCCUGGUUUAGCCAACAAGGGUCUGGGGUGCUGGCUGGAGCCGACGUUUUCUGAUAUCAUUGGUGGGGACUGCAGAGGCGGCGGUGGGAAGACCAGGAGUUCCACGCUGACUGCGGGCUUGAGCCUCUGCACAGGCAAGCCCUGGGCUGGGUCACCGGGCCCUGGUCAGCCCCCAGGGCAGCCGAGGGUGGGGCCGCCCUCCCAGCUUCAACUGGAGACAGGCCACUCCCUGAGAGGCAGCCAGGCACCGGCAAUGCGGACUGGAUGCAGGCCCGGAGACUCCCACUCAGCUGGCCUCAGUGUUUCCAAGUCAAAGGGUCGGUUUUCCCUGCAGGAAGGGAACGCCGCCAAGGGCUGUCCGCGGUGUGAGGCUGGCGGCCAGGGAGCCAGGACGCUGAAGUGUGGCUCUGAGUCUGGGGUGUACGGGACAGAAAACAGUCAGAAAAAUGUCUGGAGUCUCAAAACGAACCUCCCCUUGGUGCCACCUCCGGGAGUCAUCCUGCCCCAGCCAGGCCCCAAGAGGGGUGCGGGUAGCAGAAGGUGGGUGGGGGGGCCUCAGCCUCGGUUUCCUCGCCGGUGAAAUGGGCAGCCCGGCUCAUCUCCCUGGAGGCUGGUAUUAGACUGGAGAUUGUGCCAAAGCCCGAAGCCAAGAACGUGAAAUAAGGUUUGCCUGUUGGAAGGGAAGAGAUAAGCCGCCGGUGUUGGCUGACAAGCAUCUGAUCCUAGAAAAUCAGCCAAAGCCUGCAGCUAAUCCUGGGACUGGCCAGGUGGCCUCACAGGAGCACCUGUGGUGCCUGCCAGCUGUCCUGCCCACCCGGGGCAGAAACGCAAACAGAAACAAAGGUGCCGACAGCGGGUGCCUGCGACGGGAUGCGUCCUGCUUGUCCUCACGGUGCAGGGGCUGGCCCGCUAGCCCGAUUCCGCAGCGAGCACAGUGGCCAGAACCUGGUCCCAGCCGCCAGCACCCGGUGGGUAAAGACCGUGGGAGUGACGGGGGCCGCCAACCUCCGGUGAACGGUGAGGCCGUCAGAUGAGACAGGCUGUGCUUGUGGGACGGGCUGUUAACGUCACAAAAUACUGCGCUUUAAAUACGUUUUCCAAGUGCUGUAGCCCUCAUCCCCUUCCCAGGCAAGACUUCCGCGCUUACGUUGAACAAAUACAACAGUUUUAUCCCCAGUUUAUAUGGAGCAACAAAGGUCUAUGAAUCUGGGCUUGUGCCACUCAGGGGUAUUAAAAAGGGGACAACUACAGCAUCCUCCUGGUUCCGACACGGAGGGCUUUGGGGUGGCGGGUGGUGGGGCCCGCUGGCUUGGUGUACCUCUAUGUGUAGGUGCAUGUGUAUCUGGUGGGCAGGUGUGUGCUUCUGCGUGUGAACUGGAGAUGUGAUCGAGGGCACAGGUCCCAGGCCCUCAUGGGUGAAACAAGAGCCCUGGUAUGCCAACCAUGGAGGCAUGGGCGGCCCCUGAACGCAGACAGCAGAGGCACAAACCAUGAAGCAGAGGACAUUGCCUUCGUGCAUUCACACCUUGCCGAGUCCAUUCAAGACAGGUCUGCAGAAAGGGCUGAGAACAGGUGGCAGGGCACACCCUCCAGGUGAGCAAGGGCCCUGCUGGGAACCCUGGAGCAGGAGGAGGCCGUGAUUCUCAGGCCUGGCGUAGGGCUCUGGGGCAGGAGAGGUGGAGCCGGGGAGGGUCAGGCAGCAGCCGCCCCAGCUCCUCGGAGCUACCGCGCCUUGGUGGAGAACUCUCCUUUGGCUGUUGACAAACACCUGGGCUCUGGCCUCCCUAGACCUCUGCCCAGGCACGGGAGCAAGGGGAGACUGCAGGCAGCUCCGGGGACCUGGACAGGAAGUUGGGAGGAUCAGGACAGUUCUUUUGGGUGGCCCAAGCAGGGCACAGGAUGGGGAGCCAGGCUUUUUGGGAUCCCCACCCCCUCCUGCCUCCUCUCCCCACUGUGGGCCCAGAACUGACCCCGAGGUGGCCGGGAAGCACCUACCACCCCCACCCCUAGCUGCUCUCAGCCAGAGCCCAGCUGGACUUGCAGGAUGGAUUUUCCAGCAAAAAACAACAGCAGAGAAGCCCGAGAGGCUUCACAAGCCCUGCCAGGCCUCCCCCUGCUGCUGGCACUCCCUGCAGAAGGAAAACCAUCUGGCUACUGGGCCCUGAGCCCAGCGCCCGGAGGAGGACCUCGGCCCAGCUGAGCAGCUCUGCUCCCCAGGCUGGCCCCGGGCCUCUACCCGCCUGGCCCGCUCCCCUCGGCAUCGAGCCCCGGCAGGGACAGGGUGGCCCGGCCAGGGUGUGGCCCAAGUCGGUGUCCCCUGGCCCCAUCUGAGCACCAGUACUGCUGAGUCUACCUCUGCUCCCCCAAGCCCCUGACCACUCCCCUGGACAGCCUCGACCGCCCCUGGCCCGACCCUCAAACAGCAGCCAAGGGCUUGCCACGCAGGGUCUGCACACAUCCCUGAGAGGGAGGUUACGCUACUUGAACAAGAUCAAGGAGAGGCAGCUGGACCCUCCCUGCAUCUGAAUCGCGGGGCAUGGGUGCGCCGGCUCCUCCAGGGCGGCCUAUUGCUGCCCUUUCUUUUUAAACCAGCUGCUGACUCCGUUGCCACGCACUCCCCAGGUCCUUGACACAAGCUGGCUCCAGCAGGGGGCGGGGGCCACUCUGGAGGACGCUGGGGCCAGCCAGGACUGUGGAUGCUGGUGGGACAGAGGGUGGCGAGGAGCCAGACUCACCCACGGCACUCCUAGCCCCUGCAGGUGUCUGAAGCUCCAGCCUCCCCCACUCUGUGCAGUGGGUAGUCACACAUCGCAGGGCCCAGCUGCUUACCCAGAGAGUAGGUUCUGAGCAGCAGCCUGGGGUCCCAGGCCAGCCUCUGCCCAGCCUCCCCGGCACUGCCCCUGCACCUGCCCACGCCAACCCCAGCCCCUUCCACCUGCCCCCUACCCACCCUGUACCUGCUCACACCUAACCCUAUCCAUCCCCACCUGGCCCCAUCCACCUCCACCCACCUCCAACCGCCCACACCUGCCCCACGACCCGCACUGCCUCUUCUGCUCUCCCCAUCACCCCCACCUCCCAUGUGCUCCCACAUGUCCCCUCACCUGCUCACACCUGUCUGCCCCUCACCUGUCCACUUGUGGUCAGUCAUGUGCUAUACACCCACCCCACACCUGGGGUUCACCUGGGGCUGGGGUUUGCUCUUUGCUCCUGGCUGGAUGCCCUGGCUCUUCUGCCCCCUGAGGGGGACCUCCCAGGGCAAGCCGCCUCCCCACCAGAAGCCUCAGGCCCUGCCUCCCCUCUCCACCUGCAGAGCUGAGCCCGAAGAGGUUCCUUCUAUUCCAAGAGCCCCACUCGGCCUGCUGGGUCCCCAUGCCCUGAGGAGCUGCUGCUCUUGCUGGGCACCCCGGCCCACCCACAGGGGACCACAUCUGUCCUGGAGGAGGCAUUUGCUGUGGGUCCCUGCCCCGGGACCUCCAGGUCACUCCCUCUUCUCAUCCGUCACAGCGGGGCCCUCCCUCUGGCCCCAAACUCUGGGCUGCUGGCCUCCCCCUGCUCUAGCAGAGCCGUGGCGAGGAGAGGAGAGGCCAAGGACUCAGCCUAAGCCCACAGUCAGACCAGGGGAGCCGGGAGCUGCAGGGGGGCGAGUGACUGAGUAGCACUCACAGCCCCUGGUCAGGGCCCUCUCCAGUCUGGUGUGCCCUGAGACACGGCUCCUGUUGGGGGCACGCAGGGACUCAGGAGGAGCAGUGAGGGGCAUCCUCCUGCUCAUGGCCCCAGGUUGACCUUGGGUAGGGCGGGGUCACCCUGACAGCUCCCAGCCCAGUGCCGGGGGAGGAGUCCAGGCAGGAGAAGCCCACCCUGGACAUGCAAACCCAACACUGGGUGUGGCCUCUCCCCAAAAACUCCGCUUCCCCACCCCCCAACCCCCUGGUCAGGGUGGGGAGCCUGGAGGGAGACAGAGGCCAGGAGGCAGCCAGGAGAGCUGGAGGAGGGCAUCAGGGAUAGAGAGUGGCUUCCUGUGGCCUCAACCCCCAGGCCCAAGCGAUGAGGCCUCAGGGGCCCCUCCUGGACCUUCCUGCCCAUCCAAGCUGAGGGUCCUGGUUUGUUGGCCGAGGCCCCCUGCAAGGCUUCUGAGGUGAGAGGUGAGAGGGGCCCCUGGUGGGGCCUGGGCGGGUGCUUGCGAGUGGGGCAUCUGAGUGAAGGAGCCCGGGAGGGCCUGGAGGGCCUGGGGCCAUGGAGACACCAGCAUCUCCCUUGAUCAACACCAAACGACAGCCCCAGGCCCCCACCCUCCCUGAGGCUGCCACAGGCACUGCUGGCAGAAGCCUCAGAUGCUUGGGCUGGCAGAGGGGAGGGCCAGGCAGCUCUGAUGGGGCCUCUGGGGACAGGGAUGUGGAGGGCCAGGAUUCUCAGUUUUAACCCUGAAUUCUAGCACCCCUGCAGGCCCCCUGGGUGCUGGGCAUGGCUCUCCCUGGACAAAGCCCACAGCUCCGUGGGUGCCAGCAGCAGUUCUGGUAAAAACGUGGACGUGGACACCAGGGGGUAGGUAUUGUACCAGAUGCAGCUUCUCCGAGGAGGUCCCCUGUGCCCAGCGUGAGCAAUGGGGCUCAGCCAGCGCCACCUCCUGUGCCCAGGAGCCCUGGACAUGGUCUCUUCCCCAGAACCUCAGCCAGGCGCUGUCUCCACCCAUGGCCAGUUCCUCUCCAUGCACCCCAGGGUCCUGCCCUAUUCACAGUUCAGGCAGCAUGAUGGGAGGGCAUGGGCAGGGCCUGGGGAGGGGACAGCUGGGUCUUCUGACUCAACCACAGGGACAGGCCAGGCCUCACAGCCAAGCACCCCGGAGGAGCUGGGGAGCUGGGCACAUGCAGCUGGAGAGAGGCUGCACCCAGCACGCUGCUGUGACUCCACACGGACCUCAGAAAUGGAUCUGAAGAUGGAGGUGAACUUACGACGGCAGCUGUGCACAGCACUCACAGUCAUGACUCAGCGCUGCCAGAUUCCAGCACUCACAAUCAGGACUCAGCGCUGCCAGAUUCCAGCACUCACAAUCAGGACUCAGCGCUGUCAGAUUCCAGCACUCACAGUCAGGACUCAGCACUGUCAGAUUCCAGCACUCACAGUCAGGACUCAGCGCUGUCAGAUUCCCGCAGUCACAGUCAGGAGGGACGAGGAAGAAAGAAAAGGCACCAUUUUCAACAGCAACGAAAAGUGUGUACUUCUAGGAGCAAACGGGGGGCAGAUCUGUACCCACUAGAGAGGGCCUGAGGCCUGACUGAGGCUGGUCUGUCCCGGGCGGCACGAGGCAGCGUCCCCUGCCCUGGCCGGCGGCCACGACGGGGAAAUGAAAACACCAGAGACCCUGGAACCAGGUAGAUUGACUGUGAAGUUAGUGUGGAAAAGUAAGAAAACGAAGGAAAUUCUGGAACAAAACAGCAGCAGGAGAACCGUGGCCCCAGGUUUUAACACACACCUGGAGGCUGCCGCUGCGCAGCCCGUGUGGGGCCGGCGUGUGCAUUGGUCACGGUAAAACACGAUGGCACUACAGACACGCUAAAGGGGACGUCGCGAAUCCGUGAGGGACUGCGGCCCAAUAAACAGUGUGAAGCCUCCUCCCAGGUCUGUGUCCUGCAGUCAGUGCCGUCUAACGUUUUAGGGACCCCGAGGUUGUGGGGUCACACAGCAGCAUUUCUCUGCAUUUCUGGCCAGUGACUGUGUGUCAGCUCCAGGGUGAGGCAGUGAAGACCCGACGUGCUUAAGAACUCUUACAGGUCAGCAAUAAAGAGAUAAACAGCCGCGUUUGAAAAUGGGCAAAGGAUCUGAAUAGAUGUUUUUUCAACUCAGGUAGACACCAGCCAGAAAGCUCAGGACAAGGUGCGUAACACUGUGAGCCACCAGGAAAUGCAAAUCAAAGCCACACGAGGCCCCACCUCACACCCACUGGGCUGUCUGGAGCCAGGCGCAUCAGCAGCGCGAGGGCAGAGAUGUGGGAACCUCACGUGCGGCAGCGGGAGACGCUGCGACCGUUCUGUUCUUCAAAGUGUGAAGUCGAAUUUCCACAUGGCCCAGCAAUCCCACGCCUGGGGACACGUCCCUGAGAAUCAGAAACACGUGUCCACACAAAAACUCAUCCACAAAUGUUCCUGGUAGCAUUAUCUGCAAUAGUCCCAAAGUGGACCCAGCUGUGUGUCUGUCGGCUCAUGGGCAGAUGGACACACUAUGGCCUGGCCCCAUGAUACCACUCACCUGUAGCUCUGGCCCCCGCUCCAAAGCAGAUGAACCCCGAAAACAUUUGCUAAGUGGAAGAGGUCAGACGCGGACUGCCACAGAUCACGAGACCACUUAUGUCAAAUGUCUGGAAUGGGCAGGUGCAUGGCGACACUGUGUAGGCUCCCGGCUGCCGGGGGCUGGGGGAGAGGGUACAGCUGGGAGAAAACGGGAGGCGUCUUAGUCCAUCCCUGCUGCUAUAACCAGACGCCUCAGCCUGGGUGAUUUAUAAGCAACAGAAAUGUAUGUCCUGCAGUUCUCAAGCUGGGAAGUCCGAGACCCAGGCGCGGGCAGGCCGGGGUCUGCCGAGGGCAGCUCCGAGGGUGAUCCAGCCUCACAUGCAGAACCUGGAGGGAAAGCAGCCCAGCUAGUUCCUUCCAACCCUUUUAUGAGGGCCCUGAGGGCAGCAGCAUUGUAGGGUGGGCCCCUGAGGCACCGCUGGGACCAAAGCGCUCCCCAAAUCCUGGCCCAGCCCUCCUUGGCCGCCCCGGCCGUGGUCAGGCAGGCGUGGGUGCAGCCCCACCCAUUGCUCCUGAGGGCGAAUGUGGUGGGCCUUGGCGGCAUCCACACGGCACUGACCCUGCAGGCCACGGUGGCCUCCACCCAGAUUUCAAAGUGUGUUACUGACCACCUUGGGGCCCAGGCAGAGACUCAUCGUGGGGGCGGAGCUGCCUUGGAGUCCCCACCCGGGCAAUGCCCAGUGGAGCCGAGGCAGGGGCUGCCUCCAAGGCCCCAGGACUUCAGGCCACCAACGAGCAACCGCAGCCCGGGAGAGCUGCAGGCAGGAGAGUCUGACCCACGAGUGCUGCACGGGCUGAGCCCAGAGAAGCCAUGGGGGCCCAGCCCUGCCCCUCGUGGCUGCAAGGUGGGCACGGAUUCCAAGAUCAUCCCCAAGCCUGAGUGUCACUCUGCCUGCCCUGCCACGUUUGGACUUACCCGGGCUUGCUCUUCUCUUUUCUUGCCUAUUUCUCCCUUUUGGAAUAGAAAUAUUUGUCGUGAACCUGCCCCACUGCAUUUGGGAAGCACAUAACCUGCUUGAUUUCAGGGGCUCACAGCUGCAGGGGAGCCUGCCUUCCAACGGCUUGUGCCUGGAGGCUCGCCCCCUCUGAAGCAGAUGAGGCUCGGAGCUUCAGAGCUGUGAGCUGGUGCUUGGAUGAGUUAAGACUCUGGGGCAGUUGGGAUGGAAUGAAUGUGUUUUUUGAUGUUUAACACUGAGUGUCACCUUGACUGGAGUGAAGGGUGCAAAGCACUGAUCCUGGGUGUGUCUGUGAGGGCGCUGCCACAGGAGAGUGCCAUCUCAGUCAGUGGACUGGGAGAGGCAGACCCACCCUCCAUCUGGGUGGGCACCGUCUCAUCAGCUGCCAGCGCGGCCAGGGUAGAGCAGGCAGAGGAACGUGGAAGGACCGGACUGGCUGAGUCUCCCAGCCUCUGUCUUUCUCCCGUGCGGGAUGCUUCCUGCUCUCCGACCUCGGACUCCAAGUUCCUCAGCUGUGGGGCUCUUGGACUCACACCGGUGGUUUGUCAGCUUCGGCCACAGACACAGCUGCGCUGUCGGCGUCCCUGCUGUUGACGUUUUGGGUCUCGGGCGGCUUCCUGGCGCCUCAGCUCGUAGACGGCGUAUCCUGGGACCUCACCUUGUGAUCGUGUGAGUCAGUUCUCCUCAGAAACCCCCUUCACAGAUGCGUCUAUCCUAUUCGUCCUGUCCCUCUAGAGAACGCUGACUCGUAGGAUUUUGCGAGAAGGGUGAGAUCUGGGCAGGCGUGCAGUGCCACGCGUGGAAUGCUGCAUCCUCGGCAGCUCACGCCGAAACUUAGACCCCCUGCAGCCGGGCCGGGAGGUGGGGCCUGAUGGGGGGUAUCUGAUCCACUCACGAGGCAGAGCCCUCAUGACUAAAGCCACUUUGAAAAGGGCUCGUGGGGCAGGCCCACCCUCCAGCCGUGUGAGCAGGCAGCAUACGAGGGGCCGACGUGGCCCUGCCGGCACCUUGGCCUCCGGACCGAGAGGCAGGAAGUCUCUGCUGAUAAGCGGCUGCCUGGUUUCUGCUGUGGCCGCACUCCAACCACGGCAGGGGGCUGCUGCUCACAGGCACAGGACGUCUUCUGCGGGUGAUGAGCGUGUCCCGGAAUGAGAUUAGUGGGACGGUCCCACAGCUUCUGGAAUAUAUGAAGAACCACUGUAUGGUGCACUCUUAAGGGUGGCUUGUGUGCAUGUGAACUACAUCUCAGUGAGGCUGUUUUUCAGGAAUCGGGGGAGCCGCUUCGGAGGCCAUGCCUCGAGAAGGCAGCACCGGAAAACCAGAAGCUGCACAGGGUCCCCCGUGCGGCGGGUGCUGCUGGGACGUGGACAGGGUGAAGGCAGUCUUCUGUGUGGUCACGUGCGUGUGCUGGUGCCUUCUCUCUCAGGGCCUCCUCCCUCCCUGCGUGGUUUGGGGUCUCUUCCUGAAAGCACAGAUGCCCUGGUCACGAACACCUGUCUGCGUUGCUGGCCACAGGCCCAGCCUGGAGAAACCCACACCCUCUUCAGAGAGGCGAGCUCUGGGCUUGGCAGUGCCUGAAGCCGGUGGGCUGGGAACUCACAGCAGGGACACUCAGAGCGGGCAGGGUGGGCACAGGGCCCCAGCAUGGCAAGAGGCGAGUCUACCCCGGCUUUGUCACGGACCACAUCCCAUGGGGAAAGAAGCUGUGGGGGAUGGGGCAUCUGUAUUUGGCCUGCAGGGAAUCUGGGCCCCUCUGGCUGUGGGUGGCCGGGGAGGGCCGCAUGGGCAGUCUGCACAAGGCCCCCCAGGCCAACCUGGUCAGGGUGGGAGGGGGAAGGGGCAGGAAGCCUCAGCCCAGACCAGGUAUGGUGUGAACAGCCCACAUGGGAGGGGCUGGAACCAUCCAGAAGGCCUCAGCAUACGGGUCUGCUGCAGCAGAGCCAGGAGGGUGGGAGGCACAGGUCCAGGGCAAAGGCACCACGUGGGGCUCAGCCAGUGGUCGGGCUCAUGCCUGGUUGGUGGCACUGAGGACCCCGCAGCCUUGGCCCCCCUCUCCAGGAGCUGAUUUCCUCCACAUGGUCACAGGAAAGGCAGGCACCAGAGGGGCGAGGUGUGGGGGGGCUGUACCCCACCCUCUCCUCACUGCUGGUCUCCCCCUUACCACCCUGUCCAGUGAUGUCCACGCAGAUGGGGUUGUGAGGGGUGUCCACACCUGACCUGCUGCGGCCACCCAGCUUCCUGCUAGGGAGACGGAGCCGGUGCUGAUGGGGAACAGCUGUUGUGGGGGCAGCCAGGAAACCACGUUCCCGUGGGCUGAGCUCAUAGUUUACGUGUUUCCCGCCAGAUCCAUAACGUCCUGGAGGCAGAAAUGCAGAGGUCACCCCCGUCCCCGCCCCCGCCCAGCCUCCCCUGCUCUGACACCAGGGCCACUCAGCCAUCCUUGCCCUGCCCGCACCCCUUGUCCUGACGCCCCCUCCUCCCUCCACUCGCUCCCCAUCAUUGACUCCCUGGCCCCCGACCCACGCUGCUCAUCCCUGAAGCUUCUCUAGGUCCUGGACUCCAUUCUGCGGGCUGGACGCCUUCUGCAGUGUCCGUUGCGCCCACCCAGCCUCUGGGGAUGUUGAGUGAGGGGUGACCCAGGAAGAACACAUCGGAGACAGUGGACAGGGAGGCGUUUCUCACCCCUUCACUCACAGCAGCCCCGCCAGGCAGGCACAACCAUCACCCCAGCCACAGAUGCGGAGAGCGAGGCAAGCAGACGCCACGUGGCCAUCUGUCUGGUAACUGGCGGCCGGGAUUGGAGCCUGGGUCCAAGCUUCCUGCUCUUUCUCUCCUGGGCCGUGCGCUGUUUCUCCUGGAGUGUCUGCAGGCAAUUUCAUGGAACCCGGAGGCUGGGCUUCAGGCUGGUCCCUCUCCCAGCUGGAGCCCUCGGGCCCUGCUUCCUAUCACACCCACCCCCACCUCUCUCCCCAAAUUGUCGGUGGCUUCUGUCACCUGGAGACACUGUUCCUGUCAUCGCCCCUUCUCCUUCGAUGACGUUGCCCUGUCCCUGCCACGGUGAGACCAGAUUCCAUCCAGGCCAGGCCCUGACCAAGGGCUAACCACGGAACACAUGUAGCAACAGGUGGUCUUGGAAAACACGGCUUCUCCUCUCCUGCUCCUACCCCGGCCCUAGCCCCUCCUGUCGGCUGGACAUGGGCAUUUCUGCACCCAGUGGAACCCCACAGCCAGGAAGAACUGCCUGGAAGACUGAAGGAGAGGCGUGAUGUGGAGACCCACAGGUGGCAGGUGACAGAACAGCCCACCUAGCUGUUCUCAGCCACCAUGUGGGAGAGAAACGAUGCCUCCACUGAGCUCCCGAUGGCCUGAGCUGCUCCUUAGAGCAUCCUGACCUUCACCCUGGCAAAUGGAAUGUUUUGACUUUUUUUUUUUUUUUGAGAUGAAGUCUCAUUCUGUGUGUCACCAGGCUGGAGUGCAGUGGUGCAAUCUCAGCUCACUGCAAGCUCCACCUCUCAGGUUCGAGAGAUUCUGCUGCCUCAGCCUCCUGAGUAGCUGGGACUACAGGCGCGCACCACCAUGCCCAGCUAACUUUUUAUACUUUUAGUAGAGAUGAGGUUUCACCAUGUUGGCUGGGAUGGUCUCGAUCUCUUGACCUCGUGAUCCACCCACCUUGGCCUCCCAAAGUGCUGGGAUUACAGGCGUGAGCCACCACACCUGGCCCAUGACUCUUUUUAAAAAAUAUUUCAGGUGAUUAUUGCUGGAGGAGUGUGAAGUUACUGCUUUUUGUAUAUUCAUCUUGUAUUACAUUUUUAAUUGAUUUUUAAAUUUUAAUUUUAUCUUUUUUUUGAGAUGGAGUUUCACUCUUGUUACCUAGGCUGGAGCGCAGUGGCACAACGUCGGCUCACCGCGACCUCUGCACACAGGUUCAAGUGAUUCCCAUGCCUCAGUCCCCUGAGAGUUGGGGUUACAGGCAUGCACCGCCACGCCUGGCUAAUUUUGUGUUUUUAGUAGAGAGAGGGGUUAACUAUGUCGGCUGGUCUUGAAAUCCUGACCUCAGGUAAUCUGCCCACCUUGGCCUCCCAAAGUGCUGGGAUUACAGGCAGGAGCCACUAUCGGGGGAGAUCCCAUAAGCACUGAGGCAGGAACAAAAGGCCUCAGCCUAUUUCCAUAUAAAUAAUGAAGAAGAAAGUAAUUAGAAAUAUAACCCGAGUACUUAUUAGUUACUCACGUGUGAUCUUAAUCCCUUCACUAAAGCCUCUCAGGUCGGAAGUGUGAACCUGGGGUGACACUGUGAAAUGAAUGACACUAAGGUAGGAUGCUCGAAGCCCUCUGUGACGCCCGCGUAAGGGCUGCUGGAGGGCGCCUCGGCUGUGUGCAGCACCCGCUCUGGGAAAGCGCCCGCCAUUUAGCCAGCUAGGGAAGGAGACGUCCAAAAUGGCGAGAUGUCUCCUUCCUGGGGAAGUUUGGAGAAAACUCCGCUUCUCCAAGCUCUCGUGGUGAGGCCUGAUGGCUGUCAGGGAGGCCCGCAGACAUCCGGGGGCUUAGCUGUCCCUGUGGGAUGCUGGGCUUCAGCGGUCACGUUCCACGUCCACGCUCCUGUUCUGCUUCUGCACCUGGUUCCUUUUCUCUUAGAAGAGAUCAUCAGUAAUAGUAACAUAUAUCUCAAUGUACUGGUUCUUUCUCCGUAAGAUGGAAAAGGUACUGAUGCUCCUUGCCUCCCUGCGGGUGCCAGAAAUUCCUGCGCCCCACCCGAAUGGCACGUGACGUGUCUGACCCUGUCACUGCCACACCCCAUCCACCCUUCCCCCAGUCCCCGACACGCCAGGCCUGAUUUAUAAUUUUUAAAUGGGGGUGCAGACGCAUCGCUAGGCUUACCAUCAGGUCAUUGACAAAAGCGUCUUAUUUUUUCUGAUGUUUGUGGCAUUUGUUUGGUUUUCUUACUAAUUUUGCCGGAACCUCUGAGAAGAUGCUGGACCAUCACGACAGCAGCAGGGCCCGUGAGCCAGCCGUGUAUUUGUGACACUCGUGUUUCCAGCGUAGAGCGAUCUUGGCCACUGUCGUGUGAGGAGACGUUGGCACUUUUUUCCUUUAAUACAAAUCGUGCUUUUAUUCAUGACGAUUGCUGAAGGUGCUCGAUCUUCUUUUCAGUACCUGUUGGUGGGGUUCUCUGAAUUUUCUGUGCUAACUGCUUAAUGAACUGACUUCUCUGAUGGCCGGGCUGCCCUCGUAAGCCUGGCCCUCAUCCACUUGGCCAUAAUGUGGUGCCUCUGAUGUUGCGCUGGGUCCUACUUGCUGCUCUCUUAGAUUUUUUUGCAUUUUCUUUCUUUUUUUUUUUUUUUAAGAUCGAGUUUCGCUCUUGUCACCCAGGCUGGAGUGCAAUGGCACGAUCUCGGCUCACCGCGACCUCCGCCUCCUGGGUUCAGGCAAUUCUCCUGCCUCAGCCUCCUGAGUAGCUGGGAUUACAGGCACGCGCCACCAUGCCCGGCUAAUUUUUUGUAUUUUUAGUAGAGACGGGGUUUCACCAUGUUGACCAGGAUGGUCUCGAUCUCUUGACCUCGUGAUCCACCUGCCUCGGCCUCCCAAAGUGCUGGGAUUACAGGCGUGAGCCACUGCGCCUGGCCCAGAUCUUUUUGUAUCUUCUAAAAGUGGUAUUUGUCUGUGGCUUUCUCUUUUUGCUCUACACCAGGGUUUUGAAUUAAGCUAUCCUGGUUCCGUGAGACGCAUUGCAAUUUUCCAUCCUUUCAUGCCUUGGGAAGGUUAGAAUAACCGUGGGAUGACUUUUCUUCCAUGGGAAGUGAGGUCAUCGUCAGCUGCGGACAUCUGCUCCCAGUGCCCUCCUUUCCUGGUUCAGCUCUCCCCACUGCAGCACCACGAGCUCCUCUCGUGGUGCCGCUGGUCUGAAGUCAUUCUGGCACUUUGCACCCACGAGAACGUCACCCGUGGCUUCAGGUUUCCAAACAGCUGCCCCGGCUGAGCAGGCUGCAGGCUCAUCAUUCUCCCAGUCCCUUCCAUACUUGGGUCUCCUUUUUCCUAAUCCUUUGUUGGUUUUUUUAUUCAAUGUACACAAAUUCUGAACAGAGGCACUUAUUUAUUUAUGUGUUUACUUGAGACAGAGUCUCAGUUUAUCACCCAGGCUGGAGUGCGGUGGUGCGAUCUCAGCUCACUGCAGCCUCCACCUCCCAGGUUCAAGCAAUUCUCCUGCCUCAGCCUCCCGAGUAGCUGGGAUUACAGGCGCCCACCACACCCAGCUAAUUUUUGUACUUUUGUAAAGACAGGGUUUCACCAUGUUGUUGCGUGGGCUGAUCUCCAACUGCUGGCCUCAAGUGAUUUGCCCGCCUCAGCCUCCCAAAGUGCUGGCAUUACAGGCAUGAGCCACCGCGCCCGGGUCAGUCAUUACUUGAUGCAGCUUCUGGGCUGGGCACGGGGAUUUUCUUUCUUUCAGAAAAACAAUCACUUCUCCUUCUUACUUGUUUUCUACCUCAUUCAUUUCUGGCUUUAUCUUCAUAAUUCUCCCUACUUUUUUUAAUUAUUAUUUUUUGAGACACAGUUUCGCUCUUGUUGCCCAGGAUGGAGUGCAAUGGCCCUAUCUCGGCUCACUGAAACCUCUGCCUCCCGGGUUCAAGGGAAUCUCCAGCCUCAGCCUCCCGAGUAGCUGGCAUUACAGGUAUGUGCCACCAUGCCCGGCUAAUUUUGUAUCUUUAGUAGAGACAGGUCAGGCUGGUCUCGAACUCCUGACCUCAGGUGAUCCACCCACCUAAGCCUCCCAAAGCGCUUGGAUUACAGGUGUGAGCCACCGUGCCUGGAAUUUCUCCCUACUUUUUAAAAUCCACUUUUCUUGUUCUCGUUCUGCUUUCCUAAGGUGGCACAAAGUCCCUCAGGUUUAUUUUUUCCUCUAAAAAAUAAGUGUGCUGGGGGCUCUGGGGGCUCUGGACAGAGUUAGCUGAGCCCUCAGCACUGGAUCAGUAUUUACGGUUCCUCGGCUUUUCGGAGGGCGCACCUUCAGGUUUGAUCUCCUGUUUCGCCUGAGGGCUACCUGGGAGUGUGAUGGUUUCUAAGUUUCGGGGGAAGAGGUGGCGCUUUCCGCUAUUUAUUUUAUCCUAUUUGCAUAAUAGGAUCAUUUUAAUUAAUCUACUUUUAGUUCCUUGAGGUUUUCUUUGCAGUCAAUACACAACACACAAGGGCUUAUCGGGAGUUUUCCCUCGAGGGGCGUUUGAAGUCCUGUUUUCCCGUGGGGGAUGUGAGCACCACCAUCCGUCUGGAUCUGUCUGCGUUUGCCACUAGACCUAAUCACGGAGAGAGACACAGAGGGAGCUCCUGCGACGCGAGUCCCCUCUUUGCGCCCCCUUCCAGUUGGCUUCGGAGCUGAGCUCCCAUGUUGUUUGGUCCCUGAGGUUUAUGUCUUUUAUCUGGGUCAUCGCCAGCCACACUGACCCCCCACUGUGCCCACCCGCACAGGCUGACAUCACAGGCCCUGCUCAGCCCCGCUUCCUCUCCCCCUUGGCCUCACCUUGAUGUCAGCGGGGUGCCCUCUGCUCUGACUCGUGUGCGGUGGCUGGCUUCCUUCCGGCACUUUCUCUGGAUAACCCAUAUGGAUGACAUAUCUUCUGACGUCUGCUGUUACGCUUACCGGUGGCAUUUCUGGGCUGGUGUAGGAUGCCUGGGAUGGAGCGGUCUCUCUGGUGAUUGUGGAUGACGUUUCACCGUCCCCUGCUUCUGGUGGCACAGAUGAGAGCUCCAGGCCCCGCGCGCUCUCUGCUGGCUCACACAUCUUCCCGCUGUGCUGGCUGCACACCUACCCAUAGGGUUUCCGAGGGAGAGGAGACAGGCAGAGACCCAAGUGGGGUGCCUUGGGGGUGCCUGGCAGGCGGGCAGCAACCCUGGUCACAGCAGUGGCCUCUGCUCUGCUUCUCAGCGGCGCCUGGUCCGACCCCCGUGAACCAGGGUGUCAGUCAGCACAAGGCCACACCGCUCAGGUGUACUCUUCAGAGCUGCUUCCACGGCAGAGACCAGGUCCCCAUGGAGCCACAUGGCCCUUGGAGAUUUGCAGACCCCUGUGCUGUCAGACGGAGGAAGCUGAGGCCCAGAGAGGAAAAGUCACCUUCUUGAGGAUGCACAGCCAUGAGUGAAGAAGCUGGGAUUUCUCCUGGUCUCUCCGACCUUUGAACAUGUGGCUUCUGGGUGUGCCCAGUAAGAGACGUUAAAGGCUGCGGUGGGCACCAGGCACCCUGACAACGUGCUUCCUUGUUCACAGAGGAGAAGGCAGAAGGCGUGCCGGGGGGUUGUCCUGGCCUGUGUGAGCUUUCCGCGGGGUGGAGGGUGCCAAGAACUACCUCAUGAGCCUCAAUUCUCACGUGAGACACGGGACCCCAACCCAGAUCUCCAUAGCAACGGUGAAGUUGCCGACUCAACAAGGCACGUGGCCAGCCAUGGGGUUUAUGCCCGCAAUGCCAGAACUGUGGGAGAGCAAGCAAGGAUGGCUCGAGGCCAGAAGUUCCAAAGUAGCGUGGGCAACACAGUGAGACCUCACUACAAAAUAAAAAAAUUAGCUGUGUGUGGCAGCGCACACCUGUAGGCCCACCUACUUGGGAGGGUGACG